UACAGCAUUUCCUCUUGUGAACAGCAACUAAACACAAUCAUCUGAGGUUACUGAUUGUCUAAGUGAAUAUUUUUCCAACCUGUGGUAUUUAAUUUUGCCCAUGGAGGAUAUCAGCACAUAACUGGCAAUGGGGACACACCACUUCUUGACUCUGGUCCUGGUAUAUUUUAUAACACGUUACCAAACAGAAGGAGAAGAAUCACCCUGCAUGUUGUCUAUUCGAGUGCCCCGUAACACCUCAUGGAGAUUCACCACAUUAUCUGGCAGAAUAAACUGUUCAGUAAACUUCUGUGAGCAACCCAGCGUGAGAUGGUGUAAAGUAGCUCAAGAUAACAUCUGCAAUGAAAUAAAUGAAACAGACUCUCUUAAAACAGAGUGGAGACUGUUAACUGGCACAUCAGGGAUCUUUUUUCUUACUUUUUUAAAUGUUACAGUAAAGGACACCGGGAGUUACCGCUGCAAAGCAACUGCAAAUAAUUCAGUACAAAGUGUUAUCAGCCAUUCAAUUGCUGUCAGUGUCACCGAUAUUACUUCUUCACCUCCAGUGUCAUCUAAUUCCACUUCAAGUAAUAUAUUAUCGUUAUUAUCACUGUUACUUCUGUCUUGA